UCUUAGCUGUUGAAGAUGAGGUUUGAGGACAUUCUGGAGGAGGUUGGCGGCUUCUCCAAAUUUCAGGCUCGAGUGCUGCUCAUACUCUGCCUGCCCCGUGUUAUCCUUCCACUCCACUUCCUGCUCCACAACUUUAUAUCGGGUGUGCCAUCCCACCAUUGUGCCCUGCCACAGCUGGGUGAUGGAACGGAAACAGGAGAGAUUUCUCCAGAGGACCCAGAAAUCCUUGCCCAGCACUUGCCACGUGGUCCUGAUGGAUCCAUCAGCUCCUGUCGAGCAUUUGCCAUCCCUACACACUUUGAUCCUGAUGCUGAUGUUUUCAUCCAGUAUGGCAACAGGUCAAAUGUGACUGUCCCAUGCCAGCAUGGAUGGGUGUACGACCGCUCACAAUUCUACUCAACCACUGCCACGGAGUGGGAUUUAGUAUGUGAAAAUAAAAAUUUAAACCAAGCUCUUGCAACAUUUUUCUUCAUUGGAGUCACUGCUGGUGCUGUCUUAUUUGGCUACUUAGCAGAUAAGUUUGGACGGAGGCCUAUGAUGCUGGUGUCCUUUGUAUCAAGUGCUGUGUUUGGCUCUCUGACUGCUUUCUCCACUUCCUACGUGAUGCUUGCCAUCACCAGGACUCUCUCUGGGGUUUCACUGACUGGGAUGACAAUAACCACACUUGCUCUGAGCAUCGAGUGGAUAGACAUUAAGCAUCGUACCUUUACAGGCACUAUCAUUAGUCUGGGCUGGAGUGUAGGGAACAUGCUCUUAGCCCUACUGGCCUAUCUUAUUAGAGACUGGAGGCAUCUGAUGCUGGUGGUUACAUCACCUUGUCUGAUUGCCAUUAUUGCCUGGUGGUGGAUCCCUGAGUCAGCAAGAUGGCUGCUGGCCAAUGGCAAGGUGCAGGAGGCUCAGAAGUACCUGGUCCAGUGUGCCAAAACUAAUGGAAAACAUGGCUACACUGAUAAACUAGAUUCUCAGACACUGAAGAAAAUUACAAUUCCUGAGGUUUCCAAUAAGGACCAUUCCUACCUGGAUUUGGUGAGGACACCAAAGCUGAGAAAAAUUGCCAUUUGCUCAGGAAUCUUCUGGUUUGCAGUUGCUUUUACAUAUUAUGGGAUCAGCUUCAAAAUCACUGGGUUUGGUCUGAACAUAUAUCUCACUCAGUUUGUUUAUGGUGCCAUUGAGGUCCCGGCUAAGGUGGGAACAUACUUUGCCCUGGACCGUAUUGGCCGGAGGAAUGGCCAGGCCUGGUCACUCAUCAUUGCAGGAGCCCUGAUUGGUGUCAAUAUGAUUAUACCUAUAGAGUAUGCUGCUGCUCGCACUAGCAUUGCAGUUGUUGGAAAAGGCUUUUCUGAAGCAGCCUUCACCACUGCCUUUCUGUACACUGCAGAACUCUUCCCAACUGUUGUCAGGCAGUGUGGAUUGGGCUACACUUCAUUCAUUGGUCGUUUGGGGGGUUCCUUAGCUCCACUUAUCAUGAUGUUUGAGGACAUCUGGUUGUUUGCACCUCCACUUGUAUUUGCAGCCACGGCUGUAAUCAGUGGAUGUGUUGUCUUCCUGCUGCCUGAGACCCUAAAUGUUCGUCUGCCAGAGAACAUUCUAGAUGUGGAGGAAGGAAGGCACAAAUGGGCAUCAUCCAGAGGAGCAGCAGAAGUUGAGAUGAAUGAGCUCAACUCAUCUCCUCAGAUGGCACAUGAAGAGAGAAGUUCAUGA